GCGCGGCGGGCGGGAAAUCGUGAGGGCAGCGAUGGCGGCGGCCGGCGCCGAGGAGCAGCAGGUGCUCGCACAGAGGCUGAAGGCGGCGGUUCACUACACGGUCGGGUGCCUGUGCCAGGAGGUGGAGGAGGACAAGGACGUGCAGUUCAGCAAACAGACCAUCGCAGCCAUCUCGGAGAUCACCUUCCGGCAGUGCGAAAUCUUUGCAAAAGACCUUGAAAUGUUUGCAAGGCAUGCAAAACGAACCACAGUCACUACAGAAGAUGUGAAGCUUUUGGCCAGAAGAAGCAAUUCUUUGCUAAAAUAUAUCACUCAGAAGAGUGAAGAGCUUGCAUCAAGUAACAUGGAGCAGAAGGAGAAGAAGAAAAAGAAGUCCAGUGCAGCUAAGGGAGAGAGAACUCCUGGGGAACAAGAAGCAGCUGUGACUGAAAAUGAAGAUUCCAACAUGGCAUGAUUUGUCUUUUGAGUAAAGUUUCAGGUCAUUUUCUCCUAGAGGGACCAGAAUGAGCCUAUUCAUCUUGUAGGUUGGCUCCAGUAAUGAAUCCUUAGCUUUUCAGGUUAAUGUGAUUAGAUUUUUGCUGUUCCAAAAUUGAAAAGUCUGUCAGAAUUCAGUAA